GAGAUCAUCGAUCUCACCUGUGAGGACACAAGCACAGAUGCAGUGCCAUGGAGCAGCAUCACCAUCAUCGACCUGACAGAGGACACAUGCAGCCCUCCCCACACCACCAGCUGGGCUGACCAGGGCCCCGGGCAGGCAACUGCUGCACUAGCAGCACACACAUCCCAUCCACAUCUCUUCUCCACCACCAUCGUGAAAACUGAGGUGAGGGCGGUGCAGAGCCCUGCAGCACCCAUGCACACUGGCCCCCCAGAGCCCAUCGUCACCACAGACACAGCAGAAAGCUGCUCCUCCCCAAACUCCGACAGCCACAAAUCCUCCAGCAGCCUGGAGCAGAACUGCAGCGCUACGACUUGCAACAGUGACUUGGGCUCUCUGGCCAGCGUGCAGCUGGACUCAGAUCUGCUGACCCUGUCCCCAUCCAGCCUGGACAUCAACUGCAGCUGCACAGCCAGCCACCCAGAGGAAGAGACUUCCCCCAGGUGCCAGCAAAGGGAGCUGUCCCCAAGGCUGAGCCCUGCCCCAGCCAUUUCCACAGGCCCUGCAACAGCCCGAGGGCCUUUGCUGGAGGCAGGUGACUUACCUUCAUACAAAGCAAUCCAGCAAGUGACCCCAGCCAGGACCAAGGCUGACAGCAAGGCCUGGCUCAACAAACUGCACUAUUUCAGAAGGACAGGAGUCCAGCACCUCUUCCUCCAAGACAUAGCACCCAACAGGGAAACACAUCAGCAGAAGCCUGAGCUGAUCCCCAGCGGGAAGCUGAGCAUGGUGCGCACCACCAUAGAAGAGAACUUUGUGGAGGGCACCUUGUAUUUCCUGAGCAACUUUGUCUCCCGCCAGUACUAUCCCUCCAAAGAAAUAGUGUCCCACUUGAUCAGAGAGAUCCUGUUGAACCCUCGCCAAGAGGAGAUGCUGAAAGACACCUAUAUGCUGCUGAUGAAGAUCCAAAUGCUCCAUCCAGCCAACGCUGACACAGUGGGAUGGGAUUGGAUGCUGCUGAAGUACAUCAUGGAGGACCAGGAGAAGCCCCCUGGCCGGCUCCUCUUCCUGCAGUAUGUGGUGCAGACCCUGGAGGAUGACUUCCAGCAGAACCUGAGAUUGCGCCUGCUGCCAAGGUCCAUUGCCAAGAAAGUGCUUUCAUGUGACAAGUGCUUCAGCAACAUCAAGGAGGUGGUUGAAUGGUUGGUUGCAGCAGUUACAGGAGUCGGGUUCUCCCAGCCCCCGGAGCAGCCGCAAGAAACCGCAUCCUCUUCCGCAGAAGCAACGACUGAACACAGCUCAUCUGCACCCUUGCUGCCCAGCACUGACCAGGCAGAGGUGGUUCCACCAGCUUUCUUCGCCCAGAAGGUGAUGCUCCUGCUCCAGCGGAUGUUGCACAUUGCAGUGGAAGUGGACAAGUCUCCCAACUGCAGCUCCUGUAAGAUCGCAGACGUGAUGUUCCCGUUCAUACUGAAUAUUCCCCUGAGGAACCAAAGGGAAGCUUUCUUGAACACCAUGGAGAGCCAUCUCCUGCGCUGCAAACUGCUAGAACUAUUGUUCCAGCAUAGUUGUGAUGUGCCCACGACCUUGCCCUUGUCUCUGGCCAAGAUCCUGUACUUCUUGAGCCAUUUCUCUGUCCUGCUGCCAUACCAGGAUGAAACAGAAACGUGGCAAAGAUGGGAUGAGAUGCUGCAGUAUUCGAGUUUGCUGCUGCUGAGUUACCAGAAUGUAAUACUAGAGCACUUACGGAGCCCACUCGACGACCGGAUUGACUUGAUUGUUCAGAAAGCCAAACCCAAGCUCCAGGUCAGCGAUGGCAUCAGCCAUGUGGACAUUCAACUAAAGAUGGAGGACUUCAUCAGCCGAAUGCAGCAUCUCCUGGGGCAGCCUUUUCCCCUGCAAAUCACAGAGAAAUUGCACAUGCUUCAGGAGUUGCUCCUCAUUGUCUCCACUAUCUGA